GAAUGGUAUAUACAAACAAACAAAACGACUAAGAACCUAAAAAAACGACAUUGUAGCAGAAAUCUUCAAUUCAGCCAUUCUCACAUUCAUCUAUUCCAUCUCCUAAAAACGACAACGGACACUUUGUUCCCACGCCUUAGUUUCCGCUUUAAACAAACAACAACAAAAUGAGAAGAAUUUCAGAGAGAACAACAAACUCUCAUUAUACUCUCUCAAUUUUCAUCAUCCUCAUUGCUUUCAUCUUCGACAAUGCACAAUCUAUCAGAUUCCCGGAUCGGGUCGCCCAACCCGCCCGAGAUCAAUCCGAUCAACAUCACUUUCAAACUGCCAUAUUCGCUCUCGGAAGUUUCUGGAGAUCGGAAGCUGUGUUCGGUUGUUUACCUGGUGUUGUUCGGACUACUGUUGGUUAUUCCGGUGGAUCUAAACCUAAUCCUGAAUAUCGAAGUUUUGGUGAUCACGCUGAAUCUGUUCAGGUUGAGUAUGAUCCACGGCUAAUUGGUUUUAGGGAACUCCUUGAUAUUUUUUGGUCAAGCCAUGAUCCCAGGCAGGUGUAUGGUCAAGGUCCUGAUGUGGGUAACCAGUACAGAUCUAUUAUUUUUGUUAAUGGAACUGAAGAAUCGAGAAUUGCUUCUGUCAGCAAAGAACAGGAGCAAACCAGGUCAAGAAGCAGCAUUGUGACUACUCAAAUUCAGCAACUUGGAGCAUUUCACCCUGCAGAACCAGAGCACCAGAAAUUUGAACUCAAGCAAAAUACAUUCCUUCUUCAGUUAAUUGGUAACCUGCCUGAAGAGGAGCUUGAGAGGUCAAGCCUGGCAACAAAAUUGAAUGGAUAUGUAGCUGAACUUUGCCCUCCAAAUAUCCAAAAGCAUAUUGAUGCAAAAAUCAACGAUAUUAUAAAAAAGGGUUGGCCCAUUUUAAGGGAUUUAUAAUUAGCUAUUAGGGGAAGUUGCUCAUAUUCAUAUUGUCAUUUAGCCAUCGUGCCCACAGUGUAUCUAUAGGUUUGGUUCAAGAGCUUGAAAUGUCUCAGUUGCACGACUCGAAAUACCAGAAGGAGAAUCAAGCCUAUGAUUUUCGCACGGCGAGAAUAUGAUUAUACUAUUUUGUUGUAAUUAUUGUAAUUGCGAUUGAACUCGAGUCCCACUCACCCUGUGAAGAAGAAACAUUUUUUACUUGUAGUCUCUUAUAUUUCAUUUCCAUUUUGGCAUAUGAUGAUGACAUUUGAUAAACUAAGUACCUUCAUACUAAUAAUUAUGUAACCUUUAUAA